AUGCAUGCUUCUUUGAAAGCCUUCAUGGAAACAGACUUUGCCUCCUACCUUCAACUUGGUGAGCUCGAUAUGGAAGGCCUCCACCAAUUAUGCAACAAUUUUGAUGCUGAAGAUAACCAAUCUAAAGGUAGCUUCUCGAAAGGCGUGCCUUCCACCAAUCCUCUUGUUGCUUUUUGUUUGAGGUUUCUUUACUUGUCAUCCCAGGUGGUUUUUGUUGGCUAUCAUGGGUUUGGAUUCUUCCCAAAGUUUUUGGUCAGUGCUUUUGUAGGCUACUUGGUGGAGCUGAGAGGCUCCACAUUUUUCGCUGAGCAAUCCGUUAGGUGCAACGAUCCUAACAAGAUCUCAAGUGGAAGAACUACUUCUGUGCCAUACGUCAAGAUGAAUGGUGUUUCCCAAGUGCUGGAUCUCCGGGUCGUACGAUACGACUAG